AUGCUCUUCGACAUGCUCGCCUACUUGGCGUUGAUCGCUGGAGUUUCUUAUCUAGCCCUCACAUUUCCUCGGCUACGGCAAGAGUGGAAGCUCUACUCACAUCGAUCACAGCUUCCCCCGGGUCCCAAGGUCAUCAAAACAGGCAUCCGAAAGCCAUGGCUCUGGUUCCAGGAAUUGAGUAGGGAGUAUGGCGACGUCGUCUACCUCCAGAUGGGUCCGACGCCAACCAUCGUUCUGGGCUCAGCCCAAGCGGCGUGGGACCUCCUCGAAAAGAAGGGCUCGAUCUUCUCGUCACGUCCACGCUUUAUUAUGGGCGGCGAGCUCCUCUCCGGCGGCAUGAGGGGCUUGAUGGCCUCUUACUCUCCCUUUUGGCGGCGAUGGCGAAAGCUCCUGCACAGCGGCUUCAUGCAGCGACAGAGCGAGACGUACCGGCCGGUGCAGAGUCUGGAGUCCAAAGUGCUUAUGCAUGAGCUCCUCGCGAGUCCCGGAAACUUCAGAAGACAUCUUGAACGAUAUGCAGCGUCUGUCAUUGUGAUGGUGACUUACGGUAGGAGGGUGGAGAAUAUAGCCAGUGACAUCGUUGUUCAACGCAAUGCCGAGUCGAUGGGACGUUUGACAUCGGUCAACAUCCCUGGCAAGUUUGCAGUAGAAAGAUACCCUGUUCUCAAGUACAUCCCCAGCUUCUUGGCCCCUUGGAAGGCCGAGGUCUUGAAACAGAGGCAGAAAGACAUCCAGAUGUACACCGAGCUUAUGGAUGAGGUCCGCGACAAAGUCACUAGAGGUGUUGCGCCCGAGUCCUUCGCAAAACAUCUGCUCGAAGAGCAAUCCAGCCUCGGCAUGUCAGACCUCGAGAUAGCGUACACGGCAGGCUCACCUUUUGGAGCUGGCGUUGAGACAUCUGCCGGGUCUCUAGCCAGCUUUCUCCUGGCUUGUGCCAAAUUUGGCCCGCAGUUCAUACCGAGAGCGCAGGAGGAGCUUGACAGAGUUGUCGGAAGCGACCGGCUGCCGACGUUUGAUGAUCUGAAUAGGCUCGAGUAUGUUCGCGCCAUAGCUUCGGAGACUUUACGCUGGCGACCUGUUGCCGUGCUCGGCGGCACUCCCCAUGCGAGCACCGCCGAUCAUGUCUACAAGGGCAUGUUCAUCCCAAAGGGUAGCACCGUCAUCGCACCUUUAUGGAGCAUUCAUCUCAACGAAGCGGACUUCCCGGAACCCCAUGAGUUCAGACCUGAGCGGUUCUUGACUGAACGCGAAUACCCCGGCACAUUUGGCCACAGUGCCUUUGGAUGGGGUCGCCGAAUCUGCCCAGGCAUGCACCUUGGGUCUGCUUCCGUAGCCCUGAAUAUCGCGAGGAUACUUUGGGGGUUUGAGGUCAACCCCGAAAUAGAUGAGAAAGGCAGAGAUAUUGAAGUGGACAUCUUCGCGUACUCGGAUGGCUUCAACUCAAGUCCAUUGCCGUUCCCUUGCUCGAUUACGCCUCGGUCUGUGAAACAUGCUCAGGCUAUUGAGCGUGAGCACGCGGAAGCUUUGGAAGCACUGAGGGAGUAUGCCGUUAUCGGAAGCAAGUCAGCCUGGUCCGUUGAGGGGGCUCGACGUUAG